GCAGCAGCAGCAGCAUCCUCAGUAACAACCGCGCUCGUCGGGACUGGAGCGGCCACCGCCUCCCGCGCAGGUCGAGGAUGAGCGUCGCCAGGUCCGCGUCGAGUGCCGCCCGGUUAUGAGCCAUGAAGCCGGUAACGCUGCAGCACCUCGUCGCCAGCGUCCUCUGCUGCUGGCUGUCGCCCCAGAGCUCGGCGGCCGCGUCUCAGGCUUCAGCCCGGCUGGAAAAUGGUCGCGGCUCCGAUCCCACCAUGCCCCCGACAGAAGAAGGAGCAGCAGCAGCAGAUUUACGGAAUAAAAGUGAAGCGGGCAUCCCUCAAGAAAUCACAUUCCCCUCCAGACUGGUGUACUAUCUCAACGAGGACUCGGAGAGCUCCAACCACAACCUCAACACCCAGGCCAGAAACCAGCGGAAGCAAGGCCAGGCCAUCCAUCUUGCCCAGGCCAGCUUUCAGCUCGAAGCUUUUGGCUCCCCCUUCAUUUUGGACCUCUUCUUAAACAGUGACCUCCUCUCUUCAGAUUACGUUGAAAUUCAUUAUGAGGAUGGCAGGCCCGUCGAAACGAAGGGUGGCGAGCACUGCUACUACCACGGGCAGAUUCGAGGGAACGACUUAUCCAAAGUCGCCAUGUCAACAUGCAACGGCCUCCACGGCAUGUUUGAUGAUGGCAGACACAUGUACCUGAUUGAACCUUUGCGGCAGACUCACCACCAGGCAGACUUGGCGCGGCCGCACAUUAUCCAGAAAGCUCAAGGACUUGGCUUGGCACAGCAGACCAGUAAUGUGGGAGGCACUACAAGUGUGGCAUCUCAGUGGGCUCUGCUGGCAGACCUUUCCUGGAAGAGGAGAAAGAGAGAGGUGCCACACAGCGUGUUUGAAGAAAUGAAGUACCUUGAGCUCAUGAUCGUCAGCGACCACCGAACAUACAAGAGGCACAAGAGCAAGCAGCACACAAACAACGUGGCCAAAUCUGUGGUGAACCUGGUGGACGCAGUCUUUAAAGAGCAGCUUCACACCAGGGUGGUCCUCGUGGGUACAGAAGUCUGGACAGACAAGGACCAGAUCCCCAUCAGCGUCAAGCCCAUGCAGAUGCUCUGGGACUUCUCCAAGUACAGGCAGCACCACAUAAAGAAGCAGGCCGACGCGGUGCACCUCUUCUCGAAUGUGACGUUUCACUAUGGCAGGAGCAGCAUCGCCUACUUUGGUGGCAUCUGUUCCUUGACUCGUGGCACCGGUGUCAAUGAGUAUGGCACAACGAUGGAAAUGGCGAGUUUCCUGCUGCAGAGCCUGGCACAGAAUCUGGGCAUCCAGUGGGAUCCUGCAUCUCGGAGAAAGGAGUGCGUUUGCCUCGAAUCCUGGGCGGGGUGCAUCAUGGAGGAGACAGGAGUGCAGCACAGCCGCAAGUUUUCCAAGUGCAGCAUUGCUGACUACAAGGAGUUCCUGAAGAAAGGCGGUGGAUCCUGUCUUUUCAACAAGCCCACCAAGCUGUUUGAGGCCACCGAGUGUGGUAACGGCUACGUGGAGCCCGGAGAGGAGUGUGACUGCGCUGGCCGAGCGGAUUGCUAUGGCAACUGCUGUAAGAAGUGUUCUCUGUCUAAUGGCGCGCACUGCAGCGACGGGCCCUGCUGCAACGUCACGUGUCAGUUUUAUCCCCGAGGCUAUGACUGCCGCUAUUCGGUGAAUGAGUGUGACAUUACGGAAAUCUGCACCGGAGACUCCGGACAGUGUCCGCCCAACCUUCACAAGCAGGAUGGAUACACCUGUAACUCCAACCAGGGACGAUGCUACAAUGGCGAGUGCAAGACGAGGGACAACCAGUGCCAAUACGUUUGGGGUCCAAAGGCGAGCGGAUCAGACAAGCUGUGCUAUGAAAAACUGAACACCGAGGGGACGGAGAAAGGCAACUGCGGCAGGGACGGUGACAAGUGGAUCCAGUGCAGCAAGCAUGAUGUGUUUUGCGGAUUCCUCUUUUGUUCCAACAUUGGACGCUCUCCCCGGGUGGGCUUUCUUAAAGGGGACCUCUCUCCGUCAUCUUUCAACCACCAAGAGAGACUUGUGGAGUGCAGUGGCGGCCACGUCCUACUGGACGAUGAAACAAACCUCGGAUACGUGGAGGACGGGACGCCGUGCGGCCCCUCCAUGAUGUGCCUUGACAGAAAGUGCUUGCCUAUACAUUCACUCAACAUGAGCACCUGCCCCACUGGCUCAAACGGGCACGUGUGCUCAGCUCACGGGGUGUGCAAUAGCGAGGCGACCUGUGCCUGCAACUCCACUUGGGCCGGGACAGACUGCAGCAUCUAUGACCCCAUCAAGAAGAGCCCCCCUAGCCCAGACACGGGGCCUAAGGUGAGCAUGGCCACUAACAGACUGAUAGGUGCAGUAGCAGGGACUGUUCUGGCCCUGGGGGUGAUUUUUGGAGGCACAGGGUGGGGAAUUGAAAAUGUGAAAAAGCGAAGGUACGACCCCAACGCUGGUGCAAUCUGAACACAUGAACUGCGUGUGUCUGCCCAAGACGCUGCCAGCUGAACUGGAACCACAGAAUGUGCAGUGGGAUGAAAAGAGGAGACCCUGCACCGAGGAGAUUCCAAACCCACCUAGGAUUCUGCAUUCUCAUCAAAUAGGCAUGACUUCUUUAAAAGACAAAAAAAACAAACAAAAUAAAAACUCUCCUGGCAUGAAGAUUUCUUUCUGAAGGUACCUGCAUGGCACAAGCUACGAGGAGCAGAGCGGCGGCGCCAUCCCCGUCGCCUGGCACCGCAUUUCCACAGCCGACUCGGGGCGCACGCUGGAGCCGUGCAAGGAACCCAUCGGCUUGUUGGUUGUUUUUUUUGGUUUUCCUUUGAGACUUCUCAGCAUGUGGUCUUCAGCGGGCAUUCUUGGCAGCUGGAGAAGCUCGAUUUGCACACUGCUUGGCGUCGGAUCUCUUUGGUUCCCAGAGCACACAGAUGGGGGUCCCUGCAGCCUGCCGCCAUCUUCAACUGUGUACAGUAUUGACCAAAUAUGCAAGAGACGUCAUGAGGGUGACGCAAACCAAAGACGAAGAGGAGGUGCAAAGCCCGAUGCCCGCCACGACGUUUCGCUGCCAUUGUCAUGGCCCUCGCUCCGCUCUGUGUCUCGACGCCCUCAUCUUUCCGUCCCGUGGCGGGGCGCAGGCUGCGGCGGUCGGAGGGCGCCGCCAUGUCCUCGCGUGGAUUUUGGCGCCCCCUUUCCUCUGCUGGCUUUGCCUUUCUGUUCCAUUCGCGGCCCCCCUGCUGGAAUGCUGCAUGUGUCCACACCAGUGGGCUGCGCUUUGCGUCUGCGAGCCCGAGGUCUGCGAGAAUCGGUGCAUGUCGACAAGAAGAGCAUUUACUGGACCCUUCAUUUACUAUGCAAAGAGUGAUGCUGCACAGUGUCCGGAAACGCUAAUGCCAAUGUCCUGAGCACGUGGGGGUCACUUGGUGGCAACGAGGGGCGCAGCCCCACAGAGUGAGACGCUGUACUGCUACUGGGAGUGGGAGGAGUCCCCGUAAUCACAUUGCACUUGAGACCUGGUGGGUGGUGGGUGGGGUCUGCAUAAUAUGUCUGUAGUGGGAGUGAACUGGGUGGGGUCUGUGUAGUGCUUGGUCAUUGGCUUGGUGAAAUCAGUGGGUGUGGCCUGGGGUUAUCUGGACAGGUGGGGUGGGUGGGGGAUCAUUAAUUCAGGGUGGUCAACCGAGGAGGAGCUGACGGGCCUGAAAUGUGUCCAUACUGAUGGUGUCGCAGUUGGGGGUCUGUGUAGUCACAUGGUGCAGUGGGUCGCGGCUCCACCGAUCCUGGGUUCAGCUCCCAGAAAUCAGAGAAGGGGUGGGGCUUCUAACUGGGCGUGGCCUCAUGGCUUAUCACCAGAAAGAACAAGUGAAGCCCCCUUAGCUGAAGUGCCACCUACAGGAACAACGAGAGCAUCGCUGGAAGAAGGUGUGGAGCCUUGUCAGUCUUGGGCAGCGUUGGGUGGGCACACUGGCAUUAGCUAUUCAUGUGGGUGCCCACUUUGUACCCAAGGUGGCCCAAACUAAGUGAAACUUUUACCACAACUUCUGUUUCUAGUAGUAGCAGCACCACCUUCAUGUGGUCAUGUGACCUACUCAGCACAAUGUCACCUCGUUGUCCUUCUAGUGUAGCCCCUCAGCCCAGGGAGAGAGGACACAUUCACUGAGUGGCACCGUUUUUGGCAUAGACAUGUCCACCAGCAGCCCAAAUAAUGUCACGCUUGUCAUUGUGCCAGAGUUUGGCUUACUUUGACCCACCUACCCAGUGUCUGACUUGUAGCGAAAGUCACCGCUAGGUGGCCAAGGUGACAAAGCAAGUUGAACAAAGGGAGCGAGUAAGAGGAGGACGAGAGAGAGCCAACUGGGCCGCAGCCAGGGUCUCCACUUACCCCUCACAGCGUCGCCGGUCUGACCCCUCUCUGUCCUGGCAGACCCCUUCAGCCCCCAAUCCCUGUAGUCAGGUUACAGCGCCCCCUGUUGAACCCCAGGUGCUUAUGGUCCCCUAAACCCACCCUCUGAAGUCCCCUAGUGACCCCGCUCCGAGCUGCUGUCACCCUUGUCACUUAGGCGAGGCAUCUGACAGGCACAUACCGUAGCUUGGCUUGUUCAUCAGAUUGUCCCAUUAAGCGUUUUGUCACCUCGCUGACCUGAAGUGACGUUCGCUUUCUUUACCACAGUAAUCAGGACACCGUCGCGGCCAUCAGACUUGGCGGGCUCAUCGUGUCUUUGGGGUCUCCUUAGUCGUGUCAAGUUUAUAACUGGGAUUAACAUGAGUGGGGGUCUCGAUGAUCACGCUGGCAGGAGGUGGGUGGCACCGUGUAGAGCUGGGACGGUGGAGCCCGACACCAAAGAGACACUUGGUGACUGCAGGACAUUCAUAUACGGGUCACAGUGGGUGUAGUCUCAAGGAUCACAUGGGGGGCAGGUGAGACUUGUCAUGCAGACCACCGUGACGCAGUGAAUUAGUUGGCGCCUGAUAAGGAGGUGGGUGGGGUUUAAAGUGGGUGUGGCUUUCGUGAUUGUGUGGGAGUGGAGAGGAGGAGAAGUCGUCUCCAUGAUUGGAGGUGGGCGGGGCCUGCUGCCAUCAUGCUGGUGGUGUGGCUCGAGACCCCCGCGUGUUCUGGCCCUUUCCAGGGUCACAGGGUCCUCUUGCGAUGUCAGCACAGCUUCAUGUUAUUGGAAGGCAUUGACAAAUAAACGAUGGGAUAUUUUAUGCGGUUUUC